AUUUUCCAGAUCACCCUUUUUAACUGACUGCCGAAUACAUCACGAUCUGUUUUAUCUUGAAAUGUCACCAUUUUACUACACCAUUUUGCUUGAUAAGUAUUGAGUUUAUUAAUUUUCUACAACUUUUAUUUCACCUAUAUAACGAUAAAGCUAACUGUUGGGAAUGCGAGUGUGCUUUGGACCGAGAGCCUGUAGGCGUGACUAAUGAGAAAAGCGUAACUCUUAUGAACGUCCCGAACAGGAGGAACUAGAGGAACUUCAGGAGUCUCUCCCACACCUGAGGACCCAAACGAAAACACGAGCAGCACCUGACAGGAAUGAGCCGGUCCUGAACUGGGGAAAGUCUCUCCGCGGACUGUAAUGGAGCACUGGAGCGCGCGUGUGCGGGAGUGCGCGGUCUGGCUGGACUCCUCCGGGCGGCUGCCGUUGGAGGUGAGCGGCGGGGCGGAAAAGGGACACUUCAUCUGGAUCUGUCCGGUGAGGCCCGGCGCUGACAGGGACAUACUGCUGGAAGUGGAGGGUCUGUCAGUGUCUGGACUGCCCCUCUAUGACGUGCUGAAUGUCCUGAAGAACUGCGAAGAUCCUGUCAGAAUUAAAACCGUCAAAGCAGGUGGCAGGCUGAAGAAGGACUUGAGGUAUUUCUUGAGUCAGCGCUUUCAGAAGAGCUCAGAAGAUCAGCGGCUGCAGGAGAGCAUCAGAAACAACCUGUACCGCCAUGGCGCUCCCUGUACGACCCGUCCUCCUCGUGACAGAGAGCUUCAUGGUGUGGACUACAACUUCCUGUCUGUGGAGGAUUUCCUGGAGCUGGAACGGAGUGGAGGACUGCUAGAGAUCGGCACGUAUGAUGGUAACUAUUAUGGGACACCCAAGCCACCCAUCCAGCCUCUCAGUAGGACAGUGAUUACCCAUGAUGCUUUGCGAGACAGUUGCACUGGUUCCCAGAAGUCCUGUGAUCGCAUGCAGCAUGCGGGAGUAGAGCGUACGGCGCUGCAGGAGGAUGCAGACAUGAACAACACGUUUACAGAAUUCUUAGCUCGUAGUCUCUUCCCCUCUCCCCUGUUGUGCACAGGAGACUCCAGCCGGCCGGACGUGCACGGCGUGGUGCGAGACAAUGCCCCCACCUAUGUGCUGAACAACAUGGCCGCGUCGCCGCCGUCCAAACACCCGGGCCUUCCUCCGGACGAGGACCCGCUGGGACCGCUGCCGGACAACUGGGAGAUGGCCUACACCGAGAACGGAGAGAUAUACUUCAUAGACCACAACACAAAGACGACCUCAUGGAUGGACCCUCGAUGUCAGGACAAACAGCCCAAACCUCUGGAGGACUGUGACGAUGAUGAAGAGGGUGUACAUACGGAAGAGCUGGACAAUGAUCUCGAACUGCCUCCUGGCUGGGAGAAGAUCGAUGACCCGGUGUAUGGAGUCUAUUAUGUUGAUCAUAUUAACCGUAAGACGCAGUAUGAGAACCCCGUUCUGGAGGCCCGACGGCAGAAACAGCUGGACGCGCAGCAGUCACCGGAGGGCGGACGCUACAUCAGAGAAUGGAUAGAGGAGCACUCAUCUGCCGGAGCUGCGAUCGGCUCUUACGUGCCCAGUCAUCUGGAGACGUACAGAGACCCUCAGAACAGUCCGUCGGCCCCUCAGGCCCCAGGCCCCAAGCGAGGAAAGCCAUUCUUUACCCGUAAUCCAGCCGAACUCAAGGGGACCUUCAUAAGCACUAAGCUGCUGAAGAGCAGACGAGGCUUUGGCUUCACUGUAGUCGGCGGCGAUGAACCGGACGAGUUCCUGCAGAUCAAGAGUCUGGUGUUGGACGGACCGGCCGCUGUGGACGGAAAGAUGGAAACAGGUGACGUCAUCGUCAGUGUGAAUGACACCAUCGUGCUGGGGUACACUCACGCUCAGGUGGUGAAGAUAUUCCAGUCCAUCCCCAUCGGCUCCAUGGUCCAGCUGGAGCUGUGCCGCGGAUACCCUCUGCCCUUUGACCCCGACGACCCCAACACCAGCCUGGUCACCUCAGUGGCCAUUCUGGACAAAGAGCCCAUCAUAGUCAACAGUCAGGAGGGCUUCGAGCCCAUCCCCGGCCUGCCAGUUCAGAUGACGUCCGGCGGUGGCGGGACCGUCGAGCCCGUUCCGUACGGCCCCGCCGCGGACAGUGCUCUGAUGGGUACGGCCGACAGCUGCCUCGCUUACGCCAGCGACGUGGUGACGCUGGCAUCGUCCAUAGCGACGCAGCCCGAACUGAUCACGGUCCACAUCGAAAAGGGCGACAAGGGCUUCGGGUUCACCAUCGCAGACAGUCUGGUUGGCGGAGGGCAGAAGGUGAAGCAGAUCGUGGAUUACCCACGCUGUCGAGGACUGAAGGAGGGUGACAUCCUGUUAGAAGUCAACAAGAGGAACGUGCAGGGCAUGAGCCACAACCAGAUCGUGGAUCUCCUCAGCAAAUGUCCACGAGGGAGCGAAGUUACUCUGCUGGUGCAAAGAGGAGUCCUGCAGCCCAAGAGAAGCCCCAAAGUGCUGCAGCUGGAAAGGAAGGACAGUCAGGGCAGCUCUCAGCACAGCAUAUGCAGUCACCGCAGCACACACACCAACUCGCCCGGCCGCCCGGAGCCCAUCGUGCCCGCCGACACGCUGGGCGCCCCUCCGCCCGUGCCGCCUCCUCCCACCCAGCCGCUGCCCGUCCUGCCCCCCUUUGACGGCCCCUCAGCCAAUGGGACGCUCCAGAAGAAACCGGACCCCUUCAAGAUCUGGGCGCAGUCCAGGAGCAUGUACGAGAGCCGUGUGCCAGACUCUCAAGAACAAGACAUUUUUCUCUGGAGGAAAGACACAGGCUUUGGCUUUCGGAUCCUGGGGGGAAAUGAACCAGGAGAACCGAUCUACAUCGGGCACAUCGUGAAGUAUGGCUCAGCGGACGAGGAUGGCCGUCUGCGCUCCGGAGAUGAGCUCAUCUGCGUCGAUGGCACGGCGGUGGUGGGAAAGUCUCACCAGCUGGUGGUGCAGCUCAUGCAGCAGGCGGCUAAACAGGGUCACGUCAACCUCACCGUCCGCCGUAAAACCGCUUACGGAGUGUACAAGGGUGAGGUGGACGUGCCGCCGUCUCCUGCAUCCUCUCACCACAGCAGCACGCAGGCGCCGUCGCUGACGGAGGAGAAGCGCACGCCGCAGGGCAGCCAGAACUCGCUCAACACCGUCAGCUCGGGCUCUGGCAGCACAAGCGGCAUCGGCAGCGGCGGAGGUGGCGGCAGCGGCAGCACCGUGGUGGCCAUGGCUCCCGCCGUCCUGCAGCCCUACGACGUGGAGAUCCAGCGUGGCGAGAACGAGGGCUUCGGCUUCGUGAUCGUGUCGUCCGUCUCACGGCCGGAUGCCGCCACUACCUUCGCGGGAAACACGUGCGCAGCCAUGCCUCAUAAAAUCGGCCGGAUCAUCGAGUGCAGUCCGGCUGACCGCUGUGGGAAGCUGAAGGUGGGCGAUCGUAUCCUGGCAGUCAACAGCUGCUCCAUCACCAACAAAUCGCACUCAGACAUCGUCAACCUCAUCAAAGAGGCCGGCAACACUGUCACGCUGCGCAUCAUACCCGGAGACGAGACGUCAAAUGCAUCACUGCUGACCAACGCAGAGAAGAUUGCCACCAUCACCACUACACACACACCUCAGAGCAACACAGAGCCCAGCAGGAAUAACAAAUCCAAACAAACUCUGACCCAACCAGCAAUCUACAGUCAGGAGGCAGAGUAUUAUUCGGUUGAUCUGGAGAGGGAGAGUAAAGGUUUUGGCUUCAGUCUGAGAGGUGGAAAGGAGUAUAACAUGGACCUGUACGUGCUGCGAUUAGCUGAGGACGGAGCUGCUGUCAAAAACGGCAAGAUGAGGGUUGGUGAUGAAAUACUGGAGAUCAACGGUGAAAGUACAAAAAACAUGAAGCAUUCUCGUGCCAUCGAGCUGAUCAAGAACGGUGGUAGACGAGCUCGACUGGUGCUGAAGAGAGGAGAUGGAUCCGUGCCAGAGUACGACGGCCCAAAUGACAGCUACCCUCCCUCACCCGGGCCACAAAAUAAUUCGGAAGUGAGGACCUUGCUGGCCAGCGGCCCCUUUCAUCAUCUGUCCGAGUCCAGCUAUACAUCAGAGUAUCACACACCAUUCCAGCCCAAGCAGCACCAACCGAAAGACAGACAGUACGAUCAGGCGAGAGAACGAGAGAGGGACGGCGGCACAGGACCAUAUUCCGGCGCUCCGCACCACCCUUCCUGGAACAACCGUCCCAGCCCCUCGCCGUCCCCCGACAGCAGCAAAAACGGCUCCCACCGCAAGGUCAAGAAGUCAGAGUCCGAGAGCGGCAUCACCAAGCUCUUCAAAACGUUACGGAAAGAGGGCGGAUUCGGGAGGAAAACGUCCAAUCAGGAUCUGCUGAAGCGAGGCCGUAAAGUGUCCGUGGACGCGCAGAGCGGCGCUGGAUCUCAGGUGCGGAGCGGGUCCUUGGAUCGCUCCUCCGCCCGGAAGCGCAACAUCUCUCCGGACCGCCGUAGGGCCAAGUCCGUGGACCGGCGCGCAACACGCUCGUAUAAAGAUCGGUCCCCUGAGCGAAGCUAUCAGGGCUCCUCCCAGGACCUGCUGUGCCAGAUCUCCACUCCAGAAAGGCAUUUGAGGCCCCAAAAAGAGCCACAAACUCCCCGCAGGAACUACGACAAAGAGAGCUACUUUGCGUCCACCCCUGAGCGAUCCCACAAACCCCCGGCCCACGCUCUCGCUCACUCUCACACACCUGAACGCGGCUUAAAGAACAGGAACAUUCUGCUCAACGGCUCUCCAUCCAGUCAAGCUGACAGACAGGGAUAUUUCAUCAACGGAGCCUCGGAAAGACACUUCCACAGGAAAUCGGACAGCAGCAGUGACGGAAGUUACCUGGAAGAGGGCGCGACUCCACAACUUAGGGAUUAUUACAACGCGCUGAAAGCCGGUGGCGCGAACGGGACCGGCGUGGGCCGAGGCCUCGGUCAGAACUCUCCGAGCAAGAGACGGCUUUACAAGGAGAACCACGCAGACCUCAGCAUCUGAGCGCUCCACGGAUUCGAGCUUCGCCACCGCCGAACAACGCUUCUCUUUCUAGUUUUCUUCUGUCCCUUCGUUCUUAUAUGUUGUGUUGCGAGCGAGAUCCACGUUUUGUUUAAAGAUAGACUUUUUUUCAAAAUGCGUCUACUUUGUGUGUCCUCUUUUCUCUAAAUUGAGACUUACUGAACCAGAGCACAAGCAUUCAACAUUUGUUUCUUUGUUUGUACAUUUUAAAAGACGCCUGAAGUCGGACUAUGAAGCUACUGUUUAAUUGAGUAAUAUAUAUUUAAGCUGUAUAUUUAUUUUAAAAAACUGAAAUGUAACUUGAUGGGAUGUCCAGAUGAAAAAAAGCAUCUUUCAGUCUCGGUCUGUUGUGUAAUAUCUGACGUUGUUUGUCCUAACACUGCACUGGACUGAGGCGUGAGCUGCCCAUUAGCAAAAAAGAGGGGGAAAUGAAAGCAGAGAAAUGUUAUCUUGUGGCACAAUGUUUUGCUUUCUCUCCGUAAUCACCAGAAAUGAGACUAAAGGCACAUAUGCACAGUUGACCCAUGAACAUCAGCUUAGAGCAAGUUAUUUUAUGAAUGAAUCGGAUGCUCGUAGAAAGUGAUCCCAUCGAACGCUUGAGCUACAGGAACACGGCUAAUGCAUUCAUCAGCGAACACUGGAUAUAUGAAAUGUGAGCAAAUGUCAUUUUAAGCAAAAGUCUGAAAUAUUUUGAACGGUCCCUUACGCAGCCACCUUUACCUCCAUACAGUAGAGUACCAAAGGCGAUUGAAGCGCUCUGAACGAAUGGAAUCCCGUAACAAGCUUGUGAAAAAAAAAAAAUUUAUGUGACACGUCAACGCAGCACACCUUUUGAGCCGAAUGUAGAGUUACAAAGCACGGAAGGUUCAGGUUGCCGGUUCUGAUCCGAAAGACUACGUGAAAGCGGCACCUGGCACCCCCAUCUGCCAAACUGAGCCAGCACUCGUUUUCCGCCCCGCUCUCGAGAGCCACUGAGCUUCGCUGAUAUGCAUACGCAAUACGUGUUUGUUUGGGAACACAGCUGUUUCGUGCAUUUCGACAGGACCGUCAUCUCUCGACCAGGAACGAGAACAGGGAAUUCCUUCAGCGUCAUCUGAAUAGUACUGUAUCUGUAAAUGAACGUAUCAGCUGCUGUCUUUUGUACAAAUUUUAUUACUGUAUGAACUUCACACCUGUGUAGGUAAGGAUACUGUUGCCUUUUCUCUGUACAAAAAAAGAAUUUAUGAAAGAUGUCCACCUAGAAGAAGAUGCUAAUAUGUUUCUACUCUGUGGAUAACGUGUGUACUCAGAAUCAGGCAUAUGUAAAGUUGUAUUUUUUUUUUCCCUCUCUCCAGGAAGGAUGAUGGGAAACUGAUGCUUUUCGAGGAAGGAGGUUGAAUAUCUGUUGUGAUGGAUAGCCUGCUUUUUUUCUAGAGAUCUUGUAUACUGUCUGUGGUCUCUGAAAAGUUAUAUGGAUUUUAAAUGCUUUUUUUUUUUU